CCUGCGAGGCAGGGAGCCACGAUGCGUCCAAUGAUAGCGGCCGGAGACGGCGAUGUUCGAGGAGAAGCGUGCGCGGUCUGGCAUGGAUGAGAUGGAUACAACGGAAUCGUAGGGCGCUGAACUGGGGACUUGAUCCUGGGAAAUCCGAAAACCUGACGUAAGAGGGGCUGAGAGAGAGUGAUACCGACAGCGACGGAGCUGAAAGAGAGAAGCGCCUAAAUGGGGGUUUCCUGUUGUCCAAACCCCUCCACGGGGUUAAAAGCUCAGCUUGUCGUCGCUCUCGCAAAGUCCCGCUCUUUGUUUGCCCUUCGCCUUGCUUUUGAACGUUGGUGGAACAUCGCUUUCGGGUUCUCGCACCUCGACUCGAAAACGGCGCCAGCUCCGACCACGCGCCGACGUAGCUCGGUCACAAUCAUUGAUCGUUACCACUGACCUUGCCGACACAUAUGUACUUACUGUACUUACCUAGGUAGCAAAGCUUCGAAAGCUCCCCACCAACCCUCUCCAACAAUUCGUCGCCUUCUCCAACAUCACAUCAAGCUUAAUUAACCCCCCUUCCCCUUCAUCAAUCCGUAUACCUGCCUGAAACGACCAUGACGGACUCCUUCGGCCCUCAGAGCCCGCCGACCGAGGCCCUGGCCUCGACGUCUAUUGCGACCUCUGACAUGCCUUCGCCUACCAUUGCCGUAGGGUUCCACGGCGAAGGCACCGCCGGAACUCGUGUCCCGGUCGCCACCCACAUAUCCGAUUCGGUAACCGAGCCAACAAAGUUCCAAAGCCCUUUGCGGCAUCAUCGCCGGACGCCCUCAGCCCAUCGCGAAGUCAAGGAAACCCUCAAUGCCGUGACGGAAUACGGCGCCGAGAGUCACGAUGGCUCGAGCCACCACCGGAUCAACCAAUACAUCAUCAAACAGGAGAUUGGUCGAGGCUCCUACGGCGCCGUCCAUCUGGCGACUGACCAGUUUGGCACUGAAUACGCCGUGAAGGAAUUCUCAAAGGUCCGUUUACGCAAACGCGCCCAGUCCAACAUCCUUCGACAAGGCGCUCGGAGGCCACAGCGCUUCGCCCACCGGGUAAGCCUCAAUGCGCCUCUCUCGCCGCACUUCGGCGACGGUGGCCAGGGAGGUAAAGCUGGGUGGAACGCCAACGAUGCGCUGUUCUUCAUCAGAGAGGAAAUCGCCAUCAUGAAGAAGUUGAACCACCCGAACUUGGUCCAGCUGAUCGAAGUGCUCGACGACCCAGAGGAAGACUCGCUGUACAUGGUCCUUGAAAUGUGCAAAAAGGGUGUCGUCAUGAAGGUCGGGCUCGACCAGAAAGCCAAGCCGUAUAGCGAAGACCUGUGCCGUUACUGGUUCCGCGACUUGAUUCUGGGCAUCGAGUAUCUGCAUGAGCAAGGCGUCAUCCACCGCGAUAUCAAGCCAGACAACCUUCUCCUCACUGAGGAUGAUGUUCUGAAAAUCGUGGAUUUCGGUGUCUCCGAGAUGUUUGAAAAGCCCAGCGAGGGAAUGAAGACGGCCAAGUCGGCUGGAUCUCCUGCCUUUCUAGCCCCAGAGCUUUGCGUAGUGAGGCAUGGCGAUGUGGAUGGCAGGGCCGCCGACAUCUGGUCUAUGGGUGUUUCGUUGUACUGCUUACGCUAUGGAAAAAUCCCUUUUGAGCACGAGGGUGUGCUUGAGAUGUAUGAAGCCAUCAAGACUGAAUCCCCCGACCUGCCAGAGGAGGAGAACCCCGAUUUCGUAGACCUGAUGGGGAGGAUCCUGGAGAAGGAUCCCCAGAAGCGAAUCCACAUGUCUGGGCUACGGGAUCACCCAUGGGUGACAAAAAAGGGAACUGACCCUCUGUUGUCAAAAGAAGACAAUUGCUCGGUCAUUGUGGAGCCCCCAAACGAUCUUGAGCUGAGCCGCGCUUUUACGCGGAAGAUGAACCAUCUCCUAUGUGUUAUGAAAGCAAUCCACAGGUUCAAGGGUAUUCUCUCCAGACAAAGACAGAGUUCGAAGUCGUCGAGGGACGGAAGCUCUAGCCUGACGGUCGAUCCAAUCCGAGAAGACGCGCAAAAGGAGGACAUUGAGGCCCUGAUUGCAAAGCGUCGCGAGUUCUUGGGGCAGCAAGGUAACUCUACUGCCAACGGCAAGGUAGAAUCGGAGCCGCUGAUCCUGGGUAUUGGCGUCGGUGCGCGAGAUGAAUUUGACAAUGACGAGCCCUCUGCUGGCGACAUAGCCGAGUCUCCCACCAAUGUCGACUUCAACAUCUAUGACAAGGCUUAUGAGGCUGAGGUAGAGCGCAUCAUGAAGAAGCCGGCGCGGCAGACGACCAUGUACUUGACGCGCUUCGUCAAGGACCGGGAACACUACAAAGAGGUGGCCAACGUCGUGGAGGGGAUGUCUGCGGGUGUUACGCCAGUGGGCACGCCGAAGGCAGACAUCCAUUUGACCGCGUCGAAAGGCCGGUUUGCAGACUUGGUCUCUAGCAUGACUGGCGGUUCACAACCGAAAGCUAGCGGCGGAGACAGGAAUUGAGGGCGUAGUUGCGUACAUGUGCCUUGAGGACAUGACUUGGCGUUGGACUGUUAGGCAUUGUAACCUUUUGCCUGGUGUUUCCUUUUGAAUAUGAUACCUGUUCGUGUCCAAGGUGGUUUAGGGUUUCAGCCUAGGAAAUUGCUGCUCCGUCGUCAUCACACAAUACUCAAGGAAAAGUCGAGCGAUGCUAGGAGGCCACAGUUAUCAGGUGUUCUUUCUUCCAAGUGCCCACAGAUUCGGCCAGAAGAAACCUAUGGGCAGUGUAUAACGGUCUCUGCCGAGGCGGCAAGACCCGACUCAGCAUAGGCUAGUUUGGCCGUCAUGCUCAUCCUGAUACUGGGCAGACUUCAGUUCUGGGCUGGGCUUGCCCUGCCAAUCGGCGGGUUGAAGAAACCCUCUAUUGUUGUCAGCGCGAGACCGUAAACCUUGAGUUUCCUAACGAACGAGCGCUAGAGGUCCCGGGGAAAGUCCGAAAGUUGGAAAGGGAACGAAGGUGAGAGGGGCGAAGUAGGCACCGGAACCACCACGGGGUUGUAGACAU